CAAAAUGAGCAGCUCCGAGGAAGUCUCCUGGGUCACCUGGUUCUGUGGACUUCGUGGCAAUGAGUUCUUCUGCGAGGUGGACGAAGACUACAUACAGGAUAAAUUCAAUUUAACUGGUUUAAAUGAGCAGGUGCCUAACUAUCGCCAGGCCUUGGACAUGAUCUUGGAUCUGGAGCCGGAGGACGAGCUCGAGGACAAUCCCCUGCAGUCCGACAUGACCGAGCAGGCCGCCGAGAUGCUCUACGGCCUCAUACACGCUAGAUAUAUACUAACAAAUCGCGGCAUCGCUCAAAUGAUCGAGAAAUAUCAAACUGGCGAUUUCGGACACUGCCCACGUGUCUACUGCGAAAGUCAGCCCAUGCUGCCCUUAGGUCUGUCGGACAUCCCCGGCGAGGCAAUGGUAAAGACCUAUUGCCCCAAGUGCAUUGACGUGUACACACCCAAAUCGUCGCGCCACCACCACACCGAUGGCGCCUAUUUUGGAACUGGAUUUCCACACAUGCUCUUCAUGGUGCAUCCCGAGUAUCGUCCCAAGCGUCCUACUAAUCAGUUUGUUCCAAGGCUGUAUGGCUUUAAAAUACACAGCUUAGCUUAUCAAAUUCAGCUGCAGGCAGCAGCCAAUUUUAAAAUGCCACUACGAGCGCAGCCGGUAACGCCUGCAAAUAAGCCGAAGAUCCCCAAGCCAGCGGCGGGCAAGAAUUAAGGAUAACCCAGCUCCCUCAAGAAGAAACCGAAACAAGAGAAACUACAUCCAAUACAGUCAUCCACAUCCACUCACUUAAACAAACGCACACACACACACACACACACACAUAACCCCAAAACACACACAGAACGAAGAGAAGAGUAGAAGCAGCAAAGCAACCGCUUGGAAAAUAAGGAUGUGGAUGAUGAAGAGAGACGGCAGGCAGCGCCCACGCAACGAACCGAAUGAAUAAACAAGAAGCCCCAAAAAAGCACACACACACACUCAACCCAGACACACUCACACUCAUGAGCAUGCACGGACAAGCAGGGAAAAGGAUCUCGCGCUGCAUACUUUUCCCAUGUGCACACACUGUAAUAAAACCAAGAGUAACGGCAAGUGUUGCCUUACCGUUCACAGAAGCAAUAAAAAUCGUGUGACAGUGUUCAACAAUCAAUCAAAAACGCAAAGAAUACGAAAGAUAAAUAAAUAGAGAAGCCAGCAUUUAAAAUUGAUUGCAGAUUGUGUGUGUUCAGUAAAAUAAUAAUAAAAAAAAAAAAAAA